AUGUUCUCCAAGCGCAAAGCUAUGGACGCUGGAAAACGUCCUGCAAUCCACGAAGGCCAUGCGGCGCCGUUGAUUCAGAUUCUGGCAUGGCUCUUUCUCGUCUUCUCGAUAUUAGCUGUUACAGCGCAGUUUGCCACCAAGAAAGCUAUGGCUCGGCGAUUUGUACGAGCUGACUUCGUACUGUUAGCCGCUUUGGUCCUGUCCGUAGGACAGGCAGCUACGCUUCUUAGUCCUGCUGGUCAGCCUAUCGGGAAUCUACAGGCUGGUCUCUCACCAGAUCAGAUCGAUGGAGCUUGGAAGGCUUUGUUCAGCAGCGAGAUAUUGAGCGUGCUUACCAUUGUUGCCGCCAAAGGCUCACUGCUCGUCUCUCUUGGAUCAGUGACACCGGUCGCUGGACACCAGAUGAUGAUGCGCGCAACGGGCAUUCUGACGCUACUAUGGGGACUGAGUGCUAUCUUUCUCUUCGCCUUCCAGUGUCCAUCGCCACAGCGAUGGGAUAUUACGAACCCAAAGUGUAUGGAUAUCCGCGCCAUACGAACGUACAAUGCUGUCAUGAGUAUCGCGACCGACCUUGCGCUCGCGAUCGUGCCUACAUUGAUGGUGUUGCCCUUACAAAUCACAUCGGAGAAACGCCUGACACUCGUCACUGGCUUUUGGUCACGCAUAGUUGUCGUAUUCGCCUCCGCUGCUCAGAUCGGAUACAUCCGUAGCCUACCCCAACAAAGCGACCUUCUUCACUCGAUCUGGCGCAUCGUCGUAUGCGGACAAGUAGCUCAAGUCGCUAGCAUCAUGACCACAACGAUCCCCUUCCUGAAACCUUUUAUGAUGAGCCUCGACUCGGGCCUCUGGAGCGCCAACCAUGCUGGUGUUGCUACUACGUCAAGCUAUGCAUCUGCAGUUCGUACAGGCCAUUUGUCGAGCUAUGUCAAGAUUGCCAGUCAACAGAGUCGAGAUCCAUCGAUCGUGAAAGGAGACAAGGAUAUCGAUAUCUGGGUACGCAAGGAAAUAGUGGUAAAGAGAGAACCGAGUAUCGAGCUGCGAGAUAUCGGAGGGAUUGGAAGAUAA